UAGUGGGAGGGGUAUAAAUAGCUGCAGCCUGCUGACUCUACUGUCGUUAAAGCCACCGAAGGCACACAGCACAUUUGACUGAAGGUAAACACCGGACGAUUAAUGAAUAAUGCCUCUAGAGAAAAAGCUAGAUUGAUUAAUGUGGAGUUUUCUGUAUCGACGACCUGUUGGACUUUAUGAUUUGUUGUUGUUCUAAAAUGAAUGUAUAACAACUGCUCACAUUCAUUUGUGCGGUAGGAAUCUCCAUGCACUUAUUUUGGCCACACUGUAAACUCUCCGCAUGAGGCACAUGGCCUGUAAAGUUAAGAGCUACAUAGCAAAAUAGGGACUGCUCAUUGGAGUCAUUAUAAUCAAAAUCUUGAAUGUAUUGUUAUGCAUUUCUGACAUCUAAUUCAACAGGAAUGACAGGUGCUUAGCUGCACCGUGCUUUUUUUUCUCCUGUCAGUAUUGAGGGCUGCGAGUUCUUAGGUGCCGGAUUUAACAGUGACUCUGUCUGGACUAACAGAUGAAUACGGUGACAGAAGAUGACUUUUAUCAAUCGGAGGACGACCUGGAUGAAGACGAGGCGACGCAAUACAUCAUUGAACAAAGUCUGAUUGAAUACAGAAAACUCAAAGGAUUGAACCCAAGUGAUCUGAUACCCAGCGAAGACCCUGAUGAGAUCUUCAAAGCAAUCAAGGCGGGGGAUGAAGACGCGCUGUACAGACUGGUGGUGCAGACAGAGACCCUGUCCAGAGUUGAUGAACGAGGAUGGAUCCCGCUGCAUGAGGCCUCAGCGCACGAGAACAAAAGGACACUAGAGAUCAUCUUCUCAGCGUCAGCCCCGGGUGCAGCCCAGUGUCGCACCCUAAAGGGGGAGACGCCGCUGUUCCUGGCAGUGGUUCAUGGACUCAGAGAGAACGCUACAUUCCUGUUACAGAACGCUUGUAGCCCGGAUCUCCAGAACGAUGAGCAGGAUUCUCCAUUAGUGGCAGCUAUUCUGAACGACCAGUACGACUUGGCCACGCUGUUGCUGCGUUACGGUGCCAGAGUGGACCAAACGGGACCACUGAACAGGACGGCUCUACACGAGUCAGCCUUUUUAGGCCUGGAGAACUUUGUUUAUCUGCUGCUGGUUUCUGGUGCCGACCCAAACGCAAGUGACAUCAAAAAGAAAACACCAGUGGCUCUGGCUGCGCAGAAUGGACAUCUGAACGUGGUGGAGGUCCUGUUAGAAAAAGGAGCCCAUGUGUGUUGUGAGUCAGAGUCCGGCAGUGUCUUGUUCGAUGCAGCAGCAUCAGGAAACCCCGACAUAAUCUCCUUGCUGCUGGACCACGGAGCCGAUCCCAACCGGCCUCUGUACAGUGGGCACCUGCCGCUUCACCGCGUGGCCUACCAUGGUCACAUAUUGGCACUGGAGCACCUCAUCCCCGUCACUAAGCUGGACACCGUGAAGGAAAGUGGAAUGAGCCCUCUCCACUCUGCCGCCGCGGGGGGGCAUGCCCAUUGUGUGGAGAUGCUCCUCAAAGCUGGCUACGAUCCCAACUUCAUGCUGCACCAAAGGGUGCGUAGCAACUACGACGAUGAGCGCAGGUCUGCCCUCUUCUUCGCCGUGUCCAACGACGAUCUUCAGUGCACCCGCUUGCUGUUGGAGGCGGGGGCAAUGGUGAACCAGGAUCCCCUCAACUGUCUGCAGGUGGCUCUCAGACAGGGCAACUAUGAAAUGAUCAACACGUUGCUGAAGUUCGGGGCAAAUGUGAACUACUACUCCCGCGUCAACACCACUCACUUCCCCUCAGCGCUGCAGUACGCCUUGAAAGACGAGGUCAUGCUGAGGAUGAUCCUGAACCACGGGUACGACGUCAAGCGUUGCUUUGACUGUCCGUAUGGAGACGGUUCCCACGACUAUGCUCCUUGGACGACCACAGUCAUCAAAGACAUGGUGUUCUGUGAGGUGAUAACGGUGUCCUGGCUUGCGCACUUAUCGGCUCAGGUGGUGAGCAUCAUGCUGGACUACACCGACCACGUCUCCUUCUGCACCAAACUUAAGGACACCUUGGAGGAGCAGAAACAGUGGCCGGAGAUCUGUCAGGUCCAAAGAAAUGCACGGGGCCUGAAGCACCUCUGUCGGUUGCGGAUAAGAGAGCAUCUCAGUCGCCUGCGCUUGAGAGCCCCACUUUUCAUCAACUUCCUUCCUCUUCCUCAAAGGCUGAAAGAUUACCUACGCUACAAAGAGUUUGAUGUCUACAGCAGGGGCAGCCUCGUUCACCCGCACUGAAAACGUGUUUACAGCUGUCACAGAGGCACGAAGACAGUCAGUAUGCAUUAGGAUUCAAGGAUAAUUUACUGUCAUUAUGCAACACAGAACAGAAUUCAGUUGUAGCUCAUUUGCAACCCAACAAACACAUG